AUGGCAAAAACAACAAUUUUAUUGCUCAUAAUUGCAAUUGUGGGCGUUUCAGCGAAAGUUUUCGAUGCUCCGUCGAAGGUUUUGACAGAAAAGGCAACUCGGAAACGUCAAUGGUGGCAAAAUGCAAAUUAUUAUCAAAUUUAUCCGAGAAGUUUUUAUGAUUCUGAUGGCGAUGGGGUCGGAGAUUUGCGAGGAAUAAUGCAGAAAGCGCAAUAUUUGAAGGAUUUGGGUAUGGAAGGUGUUUGGUUGUCGCCUAUCAUGAAAAGUCCAAUGGUUGACUUUGGCUAUGAUAUAUCCGAUUUCCGUGACAUCGACGAAACUUUUGGUACAAUGCAGGAUUUUGACAAUCUUUUAGCAGAAUUUAAUCGUUUAGGCCUCAAAAUGAUCUUGGAUUUCGUUCCAAAUCACACUUCCGACAAGCACGAAUGGUUCCUGAAAUCCGUCGAACGUGAUCCUGAAUACGAAAACUUCUACAUUUGGCACGACGGUUUACCAAAUCCCGCCGGAGGUCAAAAUCUUCCGCCCAACAAUUGGGUCAGCAACUUCCGUUUCAGCGCCUGGGAAUGGAACGAGAAGCGUCAACAGUAUUAUUAUCAUGCAUUUGCCGUUCAACAGCCCGAUUUAAAUUAUCGCGAACCGAAAGUCGUGGCUGCCAUGAAGGAUAUUUUGCGAUUUUGGCUUGACAAGGGAGUUGCGGGCUUUCGUUGCGAUGCCGUUUAUCAUUUGUUCGAAGUAGCGCCCGAUUCUGAGGGAAAUUUUCCGGAUGAACCGCCCAGCGGGAAAUGUGACGAUCCUGAAAGCUUUUGUUAUUUGAACCAUAUUUACGUGACAGAUCAAGACGAAACGUAUAAAAUGAUCUACGAAUGGCGACAAGUGCUCGACGAGUACAAAAAUUGGCCUCGCAUGAUGAUGACGGAAGCUUACACGUCGCUGGCGAACAUUAUGCGAUAUUAUGGCGACGGAUUUGGCAUUUUGGGUUCGCAAAUUCCCUUUAAUUUUGAGUUAUUGACAAAAAUUAACGCAAACAGCGAUGCCGGCGACAUCAAAUCCAUCGUCGAAGGGUAUCUCGAUCACAUUCCUGCGAAUAAUUCGGGAAAUUGGGUCCUUGGGAAUCACGAUCAGAAACGAAUUGCUUCCCGUUUGGGCGAAUCUCGCAUCGAUUUGUACAACAUUUUGCUCCAAAUGCUUCCGGGACACGCCAUCACGUAUCAAGGCGAGGAAAUCGGCAUGACAGACGGCGAAAUUUCGUGGGAAGACACAAAAGAUCCGCUCGCUUGUUUCACGAACCGCACAUAUUACAACGAAGUGUCGCGAGAUCCCGCGAGAACGCCUUUUCAAUGGAACAGCGACAAAAAUGCGGGAUUUUCGCAAGCAAGCAGCACGUGGUUGCCAAUGGCGAAGAAUUACGAGGCAGUAAAUGUCGAAAAGGAAUCCGCUGCGGAAAAUAGUCACUUGAAAAUUUUCAAAAAACUCGUCGAAUUGAAGAAAAAUGAAGUUUUGAGAUGGGGAGAUUACAAAAGUGCGUUGAUAAAUGAUCAAGUUUACGCUUUUAGACGUCGAUUGGGGAACGAAACGUACAUUAUUGCAUUAAAUUUUGGCAAAACAAGUACAACGAUCGACUUGAAGAAGAAUUUUCCGAGUCUCAAAGGGAAUUUGAAGCUCGUUGUUGCUUCGUUAGAGUCAGGAAUGAAAGAUGGCGCAACGUUGGAUUCGAGUAAAGUGACAAUUUCGGCAGAAUCGGGCUUUGUUGCGUACUCAAAAGGAACAAAAAUGGCAAUUUCUGUAUUUUUAAUAAUUUUUUGCUUAUUUAAAUUUUUUUAAAAGGCGAAUUUCGACCAAAAUAAUUUUUAAAAUUAAAAAAAAAUUAAUUUCUAUUAAAAAAAUUAAAUAAAAUUUUUUUAAUGAAUUAAAAAAUAAUA